AUGAUGUCAAUCUGUCCUAAUAGAAUCAAUAAAAUGAAAGUCUACAUCAAGAACCUUCGCGGGGAUAAGCUAGAGGUUGAAGCCGACCAAAGUGAAACAGUGCUAUCUCUCAAGCAGAAAAUUCAGGCACUCCAAGGUCACGAUCCUGAACUCCAGAAAUUGAUCUUGGCUGGAAAAAUUCUUGAGGAUGCUAAGCAACUAUCAGAAUAUAAUAUUGUAGAAGGCGCAACCCUAGUGAUCAUGAUUACUAAGCCAAAACCUCAAGCGAAGGCUCCUGAGCCUGCCCAGCCUGUCAUUCCUCCUCAAAGAGCCCAGCAGCCACCUGCAGAGCCAAUUCAGCCUCCAAGUCAGCCCAGUCAACCCAGCCAACCUAGUCAGCCAGCUUCCUUCUUUUCCCAAAGCGCUGGUGCUUUGGUCUCUGGUGAAGAGCUUGAAGGGACCAUCAAAGGUAUCGUCGACAUGGGUUUUCCUCGAGAACAAGUAAUAGUCGCCAUGCGAGCAGCUUAUAACAACCCAGACCGUGCUAUCGACUAUUUAAUGAACGGAAUCCCAGAGCAGCAAGAACAGCCCGCAGAACAAGCAAGACCAGGUGCUUCUCCUCAGCAGACUGGUGAAAAUGCCUUAAGUUUCCUCUUACAGAACCCUAUGUUCCUCCAAUUAAGGUCUUUACUUCAGCAAAACCCUCAGAUGUUAGGGCCUUUACUAGGGCAACUACAGCAAGGAAACCCUCAGCUUUUCCAAAUGAUCAUGGCUCAUCAAGAAGACUUUAUGAGACUUAUCCAAGACCCACUGCCUGAGUCUGCAAGACCACAUAUAGACCCAAGCUUGAUUGCAGGACUUCCAAGACCUCCUCAAGGAGCCAGCACAGGGUCACAGAGCCAUGCUCCUCAAGUUCCAGGCCAUCAGCCACAGCCUGGAAGACAACCACAUGCCCCAAGACAUCAAAUUCAGCUGACACCUGAAGAAGAGCAGCAAGUGAAAAACUUGUCUGAGUUGGGGUAUCAUCCUAGAGAUGCUUUAGAAGCAUAUUUGAGCUGUGAUAAGAAUGAAACCAUGGCAGCAAAUCUGUUGUUUGAUAACUAUCAGCCGAUGCCGCAGAUGCCAGCUUUCCAGCAGAUUCCUCAGCCUGCACAACAUGUGGCACCACAGCCUCAAAAUCAGCCAGCUCAAAAUCAGCCUGCUCAAAACCAGCCACCACAAGACCAGCCUCUUCAAGAUCAACCACCUCAAGAUCAACCACCUCAAGAUCAGCCACCUCAAGAUCAGCCACCUCAAGACCCACCUCAAUAA